GCCAAUUACAGGAUAGGGGCGUGUCUGCCCGGCUGGCUGCUGACCUACAUGACCGGAGGGGAUAGAGGGGGGUGUGAGUGUUCAGAUCACAGCAUGAGCAACGGAAACAUGACAGAGAGAGCCAGGAUCAUAGAGAUCUCCCGGACCGCUUCAUUCAGCGCUUCUCACCGGCUACACUGUAAUUCUUUGAGUGAUGAGGAGAACAAGAGAAUUUUUGGAAAGUGCAACAACCCAAAUGGACACGGCCAUAACUACAAAGUGAUUGUCACAGUGCGGGAUAAGAUAGACCCUGUCACAGGAAUGGUGAUGAACCUAACAGAUCUGAAGAAGGAUAUACAGGAAGUUAUUAUGGUUCCGCUGGAUCAUAAAAAUUUGGAUCUUGAUGUUCCCUACUUUAAGAAUACGGUCAGUUCUGUGGAGAAUUUGACUGUAUUCAUUUGGGAUGGCCUUCAGAAGAGACUUCCACCAGGACUGCUGCAUGAGGUGCGCGUACAUGAGACCGACAACAACACUGCUACCUACAGAGGGGAAUGAUGACCACUCAGACUUUCAGAUUUAUAGCCACAAGCAUGGGGACCAGAAGACCGUCUGUAAACAACACAUCUGCCCUGCACCAUUCAUCAAGAAAUCUUGACUACCGUUCAGUCCUACCUGUUCACAAAUGUCUUAUUAUACUGACCCUUCUUUCUGAAAAUUCCUUUAAAAUGAUGGAAAAAAAAGACUUUGUCUAAGAUAAUGAGUAAACUAGGCUUGCCUUUGUAAUAUGA